CUCAUUUGUUUAUCAUAUUCACUUAUUAUUGCUUAUUAUAGUUUCCAACAAACGCUCGCUGUGAUAACAACCAAAUUCUUUACGCUAAUAUCAGUCACUUCAAAUAAUUCCCAUUAAGAUGCCGCAAAACUUCACACGCGACUGCCUGAGUGCGCACGACCAGCAAGUGCUGGACUCUAUAUUCAAUCCGCUGGAGCUCACUUCGAGUGUGGCACAGGCAAUUGGACCUGAGGCGCAUGCUGAACUGGUGGACAACGAACCGGACACGGCGGCAGUGCAGCAGUCCAAGGCGCUGGAGGUGUGCGCCAUCAAGUUGGCCGAGGAAGGCAAGUUGGCGGAGGCCUUGCAGGCGUUUGAACAGGCGCUCAGUGUAGCGCCCACGCGCGCUUCCGUUUACAAUAAUCGCGCACAGGCGCUGCGACUCGUCGGCAGGGAUGAGGAGGCUCUAACCGAUCUCUCCAAAGCGAUUGCAUUGUGCACCGAACAGCCGCGCACCAAAUGCACUGCGCUCUGCCAGCGCGGCGUGCUUUAUCGCAAGCAGAACAAUGUGGAAGCGGCGCGCAAGGAUUUCGAGGACGCGGCGCAGUUGGGCAGCAGCUUCGCCAAGACGCAGCUGGUGGAGAUCAAUCCCUUUGCGGCACUUUGCAAUCAAAUGCUGCGUCAGGCAUUCGAUCAAUUGAAGUAGAAUUUAUUGCCGCCAUGGGAAUUCUUCAAUAAAUAUAAACUACACAAAAUGAAGAUAUUAACUAUUUUAAUUACAUAAUGGCGUGUUUAAAUAGAAGCACAUCAAAAAUCCUGCGAGCGCAGCAAAGGACUAAGUCAGCACACAAAAAAAAAAAUAUAUAUAUACAUAUAUGUAGCAAAUAUAAAAACAAACCAAAAAUAAAUAAAUAAAUACAUUGAGUACAUGAAGAAAUC